AUGCUCGUCGUGGCCGCAUCGAGCGAACAAAAAACGCAACGAGAUUGUUCUUUCGUUUUCGUGACUUCGUCGCGCGAUCGUUCGACAUUGACCGCGCGAAACGCGACGUUUUUGCGUUCGUUGGGUUACGCAGUAGACAACGGGGAUAACAACAACAACGACGUACUCAGCGUCGGUGGUGAGCCAGUCCUCGAUGAUCGUAUCGUCAAGAUCGAGACUCACACGUACAACCCGUACGGCAAUACAUCGUUUGGUCACAGCGACGAAAUACGCAUACCCAUUCAACAACAGGAUGUUUACACUCUACCGUACAACAGUUACUUAUACGUCAAGAGAAAGUUCAGUCUACAAACCACCGCCGGGGCUGCGGAAAGAAGCGGCGCGGCCGCCGCCGCGUUGACAAACAAUUGCGUGGCGUUUAUGUUCGAUGAGAUCAGAUACGAGCUUAAUAGUGUGGAAAUCGAUCGAAAUCGCAACCCCGGUGUAACGAGCACGUUAAAGAACUACGUGUUUCUGACCACUGAAACAGGAAACGUUCUGCGACACGCCGGUUGGAACUUGUCCACCAAUAAAGGUGUUGGUGAAUUCAAUUUUUGCGUACCUCUCCGCACAUUGCUGGGAUUCUGUGAGGACUACAAACGCGUGGUAAUCAACGCGAGACACGAACUCAUUCUGAUACGAUCACGCAACGACAACAACAGCAUCUUUGCUUCGGCUAACAGCGAGUCAACGGUGGAAUUGCACAAGGUGCAGUGGCGAAUACCACACGUUGUGUUAAAUGAUGUAAACAAAUUGAAGCUGUUGCGCACUCUGGAGAGCGGUCGAUAUUUAUCCAUGGGAUUUUGCUCGUGGGAUCUGUACGAGUACCCGCUGUUACAGAGCACGACGUCUCAUUCGUGGGCUGUAAAAGCGGCUAAGCAGUUGGAAAAGCCGCGUUACAUCAUUUUUGCGUUGCAGACCGGUCGAAAGAACGUUGUCAGCCGAGAUUGCUCGCGGUUCGAUUAUUGCAACUUGUCCAAUGUAAAGUUGUUCCUGAAUUCGGAAUUCUAUCCUUAUGAUGACUUGAAUCUGGAUUUUAGUAAGGAACGAUAUGCCGUUUUGUACAAUAUGUACGUCAAAUUCAACAGAGCCUACUACGGACGCGAUGAGGACGAGGCGCUUCUAACAUUAGACAAGUUUAUCUACUGCGGACCUCUCGUAGUCAUUGACUGGUUGCGCUAA